UUGAAGAAAAGCAAGAGAAAAGAUUAUUACAAGUUGUUAUCUCUCAAGAAAGAUGCUACUGAAGAUGAAAUUAAAAAAGCUUACAGGAAGCAUGCUCUACUUCACCAUCCUGAUAGACAUUCACACGCUACAGAUGAGAUUAAAAAAGCUGAGGAAGUAAAAUUCAAGGAGGUCGGGGAGGCAUAUGCUGUACUGUCUGAUCCCAAGAAGAAAGCUCGAUACGACAGUGGCCAAGAUUUGGAAGAAAUAAACAGCGGAGGUGGAGGAUUUGAUGGCGCCAUUUUCGAUCCAAACAUCAUCUUCCAAAGUUUUUUU